AUGCGAGGAUGGAGCACAAUUUCUCAAGAAUUUAAUUCCAAAAGAGUCCUGUUAGAAGUCCUUCACUGUGUAGGGUGUAUUGGGAGUGAGGACAACGAAUAUGAAGAAUUAGGACAAAAACUGUAUCAGAACUUAAUCGGCCGGCGGUAUUUGAUUGUGAUGGAUGACAUUUGGGGUACGGACGCUUGGGACGAGAUGAAGCGCUUCUUUCCAAAUAACAACAAAGGCAGCAGAGUACUAAUAACCACUAGAGUCCUGUUAGAAAUCCUUCACUGUAUAGGGUGUAUAGGGAGUGAGGAAAGCGAAUAUGAAGAAUUAGGAAAUAAACUGUAUCGGAGCUUAUUUAAACGGCGAUAUCUGAUUGUGAUGGAUGACAUUUGGAGUACGGAUGCGUGGGACGAGAUGAAGCGCUUCUUUCCAAAUAACGACGACGGGAGCAGAGUACUAAUAACAACUAGGGCAUCGAAAGUGGCUUUGCAUCUGGAUGGCCCAAACUACUUUCAGAUGCCUUUUCUGGAGGUGGACGAAAGUUGGAAUCUGCUGCGUAGGUGUGUGUUUGGGGAAGAACAACAAGGGAGCCCUCCUCCGGAACUGGAAGCGAUUGGGAAGAACAUUGCCACCAAUUGCAGAGGCCUUCCAUUGUCAAUUGUCGUCAUCGGAGGACUCCUAGCAAAGUCUGAACAGACAAGGGAGAACUGGCAACGCGUUUUAGAAAAUUUAAGCUCGACCGUGAAUUUAGAGGAAGACGAGCGUUGCUUUAAAAUACUAAAGUUGAGCUACGAUCAACUGCCGGUCCACCUGAAGCCGUGUUUUCUCUACAUGGGUAUGUACCGGGAGGACGACUGGAUUAAUGUCUCCAUGCUCAUGAGGCUUUGGGUUGAUGAAGGAUUUGUGAAACCGGUUGCCGGUAAAAGCUUGGAAACAAUUGCGAGAGUAGUGUACCUAAAUGAUCUUGUCCUCAGAAACCUAAUUGUGGUUCGUGAGAGGGGCUGUAAUGGAAGGAUAAAAAGUGGGCUUCCGGACGGGUCGGGUCCCAACCCGUCCAGAAGUGAUCGAUAG